AUGGAGCUCAUCAAGAAGAACCCGAACUACAAGCCCCCUGCUGACUUUCGACCGCCGCGCAAAACGCGCAAGAUUUACAUUCCGCAGAACGAGUAUCCCUCCUACAACUUCAUCGGCCUCAUCAUUGGGCCGCGCGGCAACACCCAAAAACGCAUGGAGAAGGAGACCAACACCAAGAUCGCCAUCCGCGGCAAGGGCUCCAUCAAGGAGGGCCGCACGCGGCGGGAUCCCAUGGGUCGACCUGAGCCGGGGGAGGAUGAUGAGCUGCACGUGCUGAUCACGGGCGAUACCGAUGAGGAUGUGGAUAAGGCCGCAGCACUCAUCGAGAAGCUACUUCAGCCCCAGGACGAAACUCUGAAUGAGCACAAGCGGCUGCAGUUGCGGGAGCUUGCGGCGUUGAACGGUAAGUAG